CAGGUUUACCAGUCAGUCAAAUCGUAGGAGGUACCGGUCGAUAAAUAUCGCAAAGGCAACUCUUCAGUGCAUCUUAACUCCUUUUGAAGUCUUCUGGGCCUUGACAAUUGGUGGGACUGGUUUGUAACUUGGCCUGUUUUUAAAAAUCGAUUCUGCAGACAAUAACGUAUUGUUGACAUAGAUAGUAUUGUCGUUUUGUGUGUGCAUUUCUUCCUCUCGACCUCAUAGUUGUUGCCUUUCUCAAAAGCGCACUUUAUUUUUUCUUCAAAAGUAACUGUUCUUUAGAGCGAGGGAACACAAUAAGUGACGGCAUGCAUAGCCGGCUUAAAACGUAAUUUGAAAUACUAUAGUGGUUAGGCCUAUAUUAUUAUGGUUUCGUGAUUAUGUCAUUGAAAGUAAUACAGAUAAAAGCAAGAGCUUGUUGUUGACUGGAGGGAUUCGUUUCCGAAAAUUGACUGAGACUUGAGUAAGGCUAAUUCAUGCUCGUGAAGGUUUCCUGUGAAACCAGUGGUGAUAUGAUGCUGUGAAACCUGAAGGACAAGGGGGCAUAACAAUCCCCGGAACGGAUCGAGGCUUACCCUAACUUUAAAACACUCAUAUUGGAGCACCGGCCUGCAGCCCCCAUGGGUUCGAUUCAUUUAUAACAAUUUGGAAGAUCGGCGAACCAGCUCCGAAGCAGAAAUGAAUUCAACCCGGACAUACAGUAUAUCCUUCUGAAUUUGGACUACAAUUAUAGGCAUAUAUAUUUAGAAGCUGCGUGAGAUUUUUUGAUAACAUGAACAGACGUUUUUAAAAAUCUUCGAUUAGUGUGCAAUUGGAUCAAUAACUCAGAUAUCAAGUUACACAUUGAAGCUUUGCGAAAUGGCGGAUCGCCUGCGUGAGGCGGCCACCCAAAGCAUCAGACGGGGCAACGACGGGGUGCUACGGGCUGCACAGGGGCUGGUAGACUCAGCAUGGUCGUUAUAUAGAGAGCUACAGGCCGCUCUGCCCGAGUUUGCCACAUCCCUGGAAACUAGUCUGCAGAUUCUUGGCCAGAGUAUCAGUGAUGGGCAGAGGAACCUUGCUGAAGGGAUCGGUUUAUCACAAGCCUCGCAGGAAAUGUUGGAACAACUCUCACCCAUCUUAUGUGACGUCGGCAGGCAUAUCUUCACCAUGGCAACGAGUGAUUCCAGUCUGGACAGCUUUUUACUUCCGGAUAACACCGUAUCCAUCCGGGUGAAAACAAGGUUGAACGAACUUAAUCAAGUCGCCAAGGGAUUAUCAGCUGAACUAUCAACAAACGACAGACGAAGAACAAACACAAGAUUAUCACACGUACAAACAGAGGAAGUGAAGAACUUCUGGGAAAUGAUUUUCGAUGACAAAGAAGAGGUUGAAUUGCGGGAAUUCUACGACACGAUAUGCGCAGUCAUCGGGAGAGAACCGCGAUGCCCCCUGGACAGACUUGCAUCGUUCUUCACCUGUGACUAUAUCGACCCCCUAAAUUUCGAUCGGUUUGUCAAAAUCGUCGACGCGAACAACGUGCAAACAGCCCACAACAAACUACUUACAGGCACUGCCACCAAUGUAUCCCAGUUCCUUAAAAGCCAGAUUAGGAUUGGUCAUUUACGAGACGCAAUACCCCAGGGGGACUCAAACGAACCAAUCAGGGCGCUCGACUCCAGGACACAGUCGAGCAAUGGUUCCUUGACAUCGUCCCGCCUCGCGCUGUCGCCACGGAGUGAGAAUGGUGACGAAAGCAUGACAUCAGGGCUAAGCAACCAACCAAAUGUUUCCGGCUCAGCGUGGUUGAAAAUCAAGGUGGAAAGUUGGUUUCGAGAAGUGGACCGUCUCUACAGGUUCUUCCACGGGGACAUCCCCAAAGACGACACGGAGGCCCUCCUUAGAGGGCGCCUUCCAGGUACAUUCUUGCUUCGAUACAGCUGUACCAACCCCAGUCGUCUCUGUGUAUCGUUCGUCCACUCAAUACCGAUCAGUGAUAACUAUAGCUGGAAGGAGCAGGUCCACCGACGUGACGUCAUUCUUCACCAUGAGCUCCUGUGCACAAAUGUGAAGGAAAUCAACAGUCCAAGACAAGGAGGCGAUAUAAGGAGACGAUUCAGUUGCGACGAUCUCAGUCCACGAAGAGAAAAGAAAGCGGUACCUAAUAGGCAAAGAGCGUUUAGUGCCCUUCAUCACUUGUUGAAAUCGGGUGCCUUGCUUGAGGAGAAUCUGAAAUAGUCCGGGAAGUUUCUUCAACAUUUGCAGAGAUCGGGCCAAAUAUUCGUGAACUCGAUGAAUGAACAUCAUUUUGAACGAACGCUUUAGGCGCCAUAAAUGCUCUGCAUAGAGGCCCGAAUUCACAAAGGAGGUUGUCGACAAACCUUGGUUUUAGUACGUCAUAUGACGCGUU